AUGGCACCGAGCUCUUGGCAUAGCGUUGUUUCUCUCUCCUUCCACUCAUGUGAUCCGAAACCAGGACAAGGCCAAGACCACGAUGCAUCUGAAUCCGCGGCUGUUGUAGCGGCAAAUCUGUUAAGCUCUGCACGGCUAGAGCUUAAGCUUGACAGUGUGUUUACUGAGUACUCAGCUCAGUACUUGUUGGAUAACGCUUGUCCCAAUAAGGUAGACGGGGAGGGAGAAACAGAUCGCCAAGGGAUACCGAGAGCAGAUCAGUGGGUGCAUUUGGGAUGUCAGUACAAGCCCCCGACAUCUGCUUAUAACCCUGCUCUCGUCUCCAUGAAAGGAGAACUGGUCGAGGCAAUGAAUGUGGACGAAGUGCUUAAGUUACUGAAGCAACAGCCAGUAGGAGCAAGAAUGCAUGCGUUCAGUCCGGAGCCUGAUUUUCUUGUUGAAAAGAUUAAUCACCAUGUCCCACCAGGUAUGACUCGCUAUGUUGGACUUAGAGACGUGAUUAUCUUUGGAGUCGAGGAAGUGGAGGGAAAGAUGAUUGCGAAGGUUAAGCUAUACCACAAGAAGAAAUUUGCCUUCAUCAAAGUGGCAAUGGAUUCGUCGGUCCAAGUAUCAAAGCAUGGUGGCCCUGCAUACUACGGAGCUGAAUCGAAGCUUCUUGUUGACUUCUGUGUCCGCAGUUAUCCAUCGACUGAACCAGAGCUUCGAUCUCGGUAA